AUGAGAGAUAAGGCAACUUUCAGAAAGUGUUACAAGAAAGAGUCAGAGAUGAGAGAUAGAAAGUGUUACAACAAGAGAGAGCCAGAGAUGAGAGAUAAUGUAACUUUCAGAAAGUGUUACAACAAGAGAGAGUCAGAGAUGAGAGAUAAGGUAACUUUCAGAAAGUGUUACAACAAGAGAGAGUCAGAGAUGAGAGAUAAGAAAGUGUUAAACAAGAGUGAGUCAGAGAUGAGAGAUAAUGUAACUUUCAGAAAGUGUUACAACAAGAGAGAGUCAGAAAUGAGAGAUAGUGUAACUUUCAGAAAGUGUUAUAACAAGAGAGAGUCAGAGAUGAGAGAUAAGGUAACUUUCAGAAAGUGUUACAGGAGAGAGUCAGAGAUGGGAGAUAAUGUAACUUCCAGAAAGUGUUACAGGAGAGAGUCAGAGAUGAGAGAUAAGGUCCGUGGAAUGUAUAAAGCAAGCUUUGUUAACACGAGUAGAAGAGUCAUUCCAGAAGGAUUUUCGAUGGACAGUCUUUGUAUGCUUCACUGGAUAGGAUUGAAAUUGCUAGAUGAUACACUUCUACGGGGUGGUUCACAGCAGGUUUCUUUAAAGUUGCUCGAGUCCAUAGGGAGUUCAAGAGUGUUGCUGAGUGAGCCGGUAACCAGAAUAGAACAGAAUCAAGAUGGAAUUGCUGUUUGGUCAAAGAAUGGGUACAAUUAUAAAUGUCAGAAACUUAUAAUUGCUAUACCUCCAAUCCAGAUAGGUAAAAUUCAGUUCUGUCCCAUUCUUCCAGUUGAAAAAAGAGAAAUCAUAAAGAGAAUGCCACCAUCUAGUAUUAUCAAGUUUGUUGCUACAUAUCCUGAGGGAUUUUGGCGUAAGGCAGGUUGUUCAGGAGAAGUUGUGACUAACGGAGGAGAAAGCACAGCGAUCAGUUGUGAUCUAGGACCAGUAGGGGUUGUUUAUGAUGCUACAUCAUGUAAUGGGGAACCAGCAUUAAUAGGGUUUAUAGGAGGGAUCCAGGCAGUACAGUGGCAAUGCCAAAAUGCAGAGAGUAGAAAGUCAUCCGUAUUAAAGUCGUUAGCUGAAUUUUUUGGAGAUAAGGUGUACACAUACUUAGAUUACAAAGAGAAAAUUUGGGACCAUGAACCAUACAAUGAAGGUGGUCCAGUCAGCUGUGUGGGGACAGGGGCUAUGAGAUACUAUGCAAAGGGAUUGCGGCAACCUUUUGAUAGUAUACAUUUUGCUGGUACCGAGUCAGCCACUGUAUGGUGUGGCUUUAUGAAUGGUGCUGUUCAAGCUGGGAACCGUGCUGCUAUAGAAGUAUUGUAUGAUCUCAGGCCUCAGUUGGUUAGUGCACAAGACCUAAAAGGGAUAAAAAUGCCUAGAAAACAGUUGGUUAAAAAGGAAACUGCAGGAAAGAAGGCUGUGAAAUGGACAUUAGGAAUAAGUGUUCUAACAGUUUUGAUAUUUACAGUGAAGAAGAUCUAUGAACAAGUAUCAGGAUAACUGAAACAUCCUAUUUAUAGAACUUACUGCUAGAAAACUGCAGGUGACAGGUGCUUUGACAGGGAGUUUUUUCUGCAAUGAAAUUGCUGAGGAGAAAUAUUUGAACAUUGUCAUUUCUUCAAAGAAUUUUUCAGUUUUUGAAAAUGGAAUGGUAGGCUGUAUGUAUUUACAAGGCAUUAUUUUUGCUGGACGAACAUGUACUUGGUACUGCCAUGAAAUAUUUAAUGCUGCAUUUUGUACAGACAGCAGGAUCUGGCCUGUGAUCUAAUGUGGACAUGUUUUUAUUUUUGGCUGUGGUGGUCUUUACAGUCUAACGGGUAUGUGAUUACACUCGCUGCUAAAUACCCUUUUAUAUAUGCAGGUUCUAUGGGAUAAUGUAAAUUAUUUCAUUAUGAUAGAAAUACAAUGUUACAUGUCACACAAGUGGUGACAAGUAUUUUUGAACAAGUAAAAAAAAAAGGAAAUCCAGGUGAUUCAAAGAAGUAUGACAGGUAAUGGCAUUAACAUCAUUACACACCAUUGACAUUGCUACACAUUUCAUAUGCUGAUCAAUGAAAUAUAUUACUGUAUUAUAAUUGUUAUACCAGAUUUAUAUAGCGCCCUUUUCAUGAUAAACACGUUCAAAGGCACUUUACAUAUAGCAUAAAAGGUUUGUACAUGUGUUGUGCAAGAAUUUCAUUAAACUUGUGUUAUUUUUCUGUUAUAGUAUCAGCAGAAUCCUUAAGGGUAUGUUGGCACUCUCCCCAUGCAGACUUGGGCAUGAACCAGAUGCUUGUGGAUUCCUCUGUUGUUAUAACAUGAAAAAAACAUGCAUAUGUGUUGUUUUAUAUCAUGUAAGCUGUAACAUUCCAAAAAAAUUAUAUGACUGUAUAUACUUUUUUGAGAGGACAAGUGGCUAAGGUUGUUAUUUUGAAUUAUUGCCUCUCAUUGUCAAAGAUUUUAGCCUUUGUAUUUAUCAAGGUUUGAUAUGUGAGGAAGCCUUUAAGCUGCGUUGUAGAAUGUGAUUUUACCUAUCUGCCUGUCCUUUAAUGUCAUAAUGUCUGUGGUGCUCCUGCAUUUUAACACCCAGUGUUGAAGCUGUGAGGUUGUCAUAUUACCAUAUCAUCGAGGCUAAAAUGUGCUGUCAACAGUUUUAUUGACAGCAUAUCUAAAAAAGUAGUUUGGCCUAGUCAGCAAACAUCAGGAUUGUUAUUCAGAACUUAAGUGCACAUGAGGUUUUGUUUGAGAUUGCACCAAGAGCAGAGAUAUGGCCCUUGUCUUAGUCAAAAAUAUGCCUAAAGGUUCCAUUAGUUUGUGUCGCAUGUAUCUCGAGGGGGUGGGGGGGGAAGCGGAGAAUUGACUUUGAGUCAUCAAAUCAUAUAGGAAUACUAUUCAGCAUGUGAAGUUGUGCAUCUGUUUUCACACAGCAAGAGUAGAGUUAUGGUCCAUGACUUAGUCAGUAAUACGCAUUAAGGGUAAAAAAGUUUGUAUUGCACUUACCUUGAAAAAUUAUUGACCAGGAGUCACAAAACUUUAUAGAAAUGUUGCUCUGACAGCAUCUGAAAUUUCAAUUUGAAGUUGAAAAUACCAUUACCCAGUGGAACAAAAGUAGAAGAAAAGUCUAGCCAUUUUAUGUGACUGUGAUAUUUUGUUGCAUGCUGUACAAUUUCUGUACUGCUAUAUUUCCAUAGAUUAAUAAUUUUUAAAUUCAGAGAUAGUCUCUGAUAAUUAGGAACACAGUGUGUUUGUUUUAUUUCAGGUUUGUUAAAACAAUAGAUCAAUAAAUGACAAAAAAAUAAAA